AUGAGAUCACAAUUUAAAGACGAGCAUCCUUUCGAGAAGAGACAAGCCGAGGCUGCCAGAAUUGCUCAAAGAUUCAAGGAUAGAGUACCAGUCAUUUGUGAAAAGGUCGAGAAUUCCGAUAUCCCCGAAAUCGAUAAGCGUAAAUAUUUAGUGCCAGUGGAUUUGACUGUUGGUCAAUUUGUUUAUGUUAUUAGAAAAAGAAUCAAGUUACCAAGCGAAAAGGCCAUUUUCAUUUUUGUCAACGACAUAUUACCCCCAACUGCUGCAUUAAUCAGUACCAUCUACGAAGAACACAAGGACGAAGAUGGUUUCUUAUACGUUUUAUACUCUGGAGAAAAUACCUUUGGCGAGAAAAUAGCAAUUGACAUUUCAUCAUUAGAUUACAGUGAUAUUCCUGAUUAUGUUUAA